UCAAAGAUUCCAAAUCUUAACGAAAAAUGUCUUGUAUUUGCCAAUUUUAUACGUCCAGUGGUGAUAUCCCCAGGGACCUUGUGACGAUUCCACUGCCCACUGCUGAUGAUAUCCCUACACCCGACAACUCCACACAAGAUGCUGGUGCAGAAUCACUAGAGCCAAUCACUCACAAAAGUGCGAUGUCAACCUCGGAUCUGGCCGAUUGUAGUGCACAGAACUGGCUUCUGAAGAAGAAGCUGCUGGAAUACGAGGUAACCAUUGAGAAUCUUGAACAGUUGGUGACCACUAUAGUAGAGAAGCAGCAUCAGAUCUUAAGCGAAAUGUUUUACUUGUGCAAGGAGAACCGAGAGCUGCAGUCCGAGUGCCAUCUUCAACGCGAGUAUCACUCAAUGGAGAGAAACGCACUAAUGAGGCAGUUGCAUGACGCCCAGACCUUGGGUCAAAGCCGAAAUUUUCUCUUGGGAAGUCGAUCAAAUGAAAGUAAAGGAAGUUCGAACUUUAUACCUGGAGACCCGCUUAUGAACUCUGGAUCCUCUAAUGCCGACAGUGAAGAGGCCUACACUAGUGACUCUGACGACGAUGAACAUGGAUGCGUCAGCAUUGAAGAAACGGGAUCGGAUACCGAAGAAGAAAAUUGCGAUGUCCUCUCAGCACCAAGUUCGGAUGAGAAUUCCGAAGGGGCAUCCCCGUCGUCAUCAGGCUCAGCAUCUACUGAUACGGAUUCGGAUGACAACCGAUCUCCUGAUUACACCAGCAAUGAGGAUCGUAACAGCGACACCACUUAAUCAGACAAAUAAUUACAGCUACUUUAGAGGUUUUGAGUUUAUAUUUUUAAAGAUUACAGUACAUUUUGAAGUUAAAAACUUAAGCAGGGAAGCUUCCUAACAUCGUUCGUAAUAACCUCACAUUUAUCGCAUUAGGUAAUCCAAACAAAAACGUGACAAUCGCACAAAACAAA